AACAAAAUCUUUGAGAUAAAUUACGACAUGCUUUGACAUUGUUUGCAUUAAGUAUCCUACAUUGUCGCGGAAUAAAAUUGUAGUGAGUAUUCCGCUGAAUAUUAAAAACAUAAAUAACAUUCAAUACUACAGAGAUUAAUAGAUGUAACACUUUAAACAGUCGUUGUUCUCAUGGAAACAAUACUUUACUUAAGUAAAGUUUAUACAGUCUUCACGUCACGUAUUUCAUUUAACUGUAUGUGCUUGAUUACGUAAAGAUGCUGUUAAAUAUACCCGUCGAACGAGACGAGCAUAUUGGAUGACAUGGCAUUGAUACACAAAAAAUGUGCCUCAAAUCAAGAAAGACAUAAAAGAUAAGAAGCUCUCCAUCAGAACUAACAAACGAAGAAGAUCAGCAGAAGCAAGUCGACUCCAGUUAUCUGCAAAAUAACAUGCGCUCACUGUGAUAAGAUUUAAAAUGUAAAAAGCAAUAACAAUACAAAACAAAAAAAAAAAGAUUCGCUGGGCUUUGUGACAAUUAUCCUGCUAUUUCGUAUCUACAGAUAUAAGUCGCAUCUACAUCUAAUCUCGUAAAAAAUAAAAAUGCCGAAGCAUGUGAUUCAGCAAAAUCCAGAAACGGUUACGGAUACUCGUGGCAUCGAAUUUCUCACAAGUCACGAUACGGUGCAAAAACUAAACAGCACCAAAUGCCUGUAAGCAGAACCAGCAACAGCGACAAUAACAACAUUUUGAUUACAGUUUUUGAGCCGGUUUGGAGAGCUUCUAGCAUGACGCAGCAAAGCAAUUUUUUAUCAGGUUGGUAAUUACCCUGAUUGGGACCAGACUACCCAAAAACAUCUAAAUACUUGUUAUAGUCAACAUGAUCGAGGAGGAAUUCAAAACAACCAAUUGGUUACGUUUGGAAGAUUUUGCGAUUGACGAAAUAUUUCGUGUUUCGAGCGCUAAAAGUAGGACGCUCUUCUACCGUUCAUCCGACCUAACGAUAAGAGAUAAUGCUGAUUCAGCGACCUUUGCGUGCUUAUCGAAUCCCCAACGUAUGUUUUAUAAAAAGCGUAUAAAAAGCGCCUCAGUUGCCCGCCGUCUUGUAAAGUAGCUGGAAGAUGUUGUCCUAUCUAGUGUUGAUCGUGCUAGCAGCGCCGAUCGUGUAUCUGUUACUACUCUAUCAAUUCAGUUAUUGGAAGCGGCAUGGAAUUCCUCAGCUUGGACCGUCAUUGGCGUUUGGUGAUAUCGGUCAGCUCGUCCGGCAGCAGUACUGCAUCGGGGAAAUGUUCGGCAAACUGUACGAAAAGUGCAAACAGCUUCCAUUCGUUGGAGUCUAUGUUUCGUUUCGUCCGGCGCUGAUGGUUAAUGAUACUGAGCUGAUUAAGGACAUAACGGUGCGUGACUUCGAUCAUUUUCAUGAUCGAGGACUUCAUGUUAAUGAGCAGAAAGAUCCGCUGAGCGGUCAUUUGUUUGCACUUGGUGGUGAAAAAUGGAGAGAUCAUCGCGCAAAGUUAACACCUACCUUUACUUCUGGUCGGUUGAAGGAAAUGUUUCCAAUUAUGUUGGAAAUAGGACAGGUGUUGCAGGAUCAUGUUGGUAAACGUGUUCAUACGGAGAAAGUACUGGAAAUGCGGGAAGUGAUGGCUCGUUUUACAACCGACGUUAUAGCUUCGGUGGGAUUUGGCAUCAAAAUCGAUUCCAUAAACGAUAAAAACGAAACAUUUCGAGAAAUGGGCAUUCGAGUGUUUGCACAUACUUUGAAAAAUAUGUUGCGUUUAGGAAGCACAAUUUUCACACCGAAGAUGAACGCGAUCUUUGGGUUUAAAUUUGUAGAUCAAGAAGUAGAAGAUUUCAUGAUAAGUAUAGUUCGAGACACUUUGGAAUAUCGAGAAAAAAAUAACGUUAUCAGGAAGGAUAUGAUGCAGCUCUUGCUGCAGUUGCGGAAUCGCGGCACAGUUUCCUAUGAUGAGCAGUGGGAUGCCAGUCCUACUUCUGCAGCGAAACACAUAUCUUUGGAACAGGUUACGGCUCAUGCCUUUGUGUUUUUUGUUGCCGCCUAUGAAACCUCUUCAACAGCUAUGUCUUUUUGCUUGUAUCAGCUGGCUAAGAAUCCCCACGUUCAGGAGAAAGUUCAUGCAGAAAUUGAUAGAAUUCUAGCAAAGAAUCAAGGCAAGCUUACGUACAACACCCUGACGGAAAUGAAAUAUUUAGAGGGUUGCAUCGAUGAAACCCUACGCAUGUACCCUUCUUUGCCAUUUUUGAACCGAGAAUGUAAUAAGGCUUAUAAAUUACCUGGAACGGAUCACACAAUUCCUAAGGGAACUCCCGUAAUAAUUCCUAUAAUGGGUAUACAUCGUGAUCCAGAUUUGUUUCCCGAGCCGGAAAAGUUUAUCCCGGAACGAUUCCAAGACGAACAGCUUUACACCAGUGAUGCGUAUCUGCCUUUCGGAAUUGGACCUAGAAUUUGUAUUGGUAUGAGAAUGGGUAAGGUUCAAACGAAGGUUGGUUUGGCUAUGUUACUGUCGAAGUUCAACUUCCGGUUGACUGAUGAAAAGCAGAAGAAUCAGGAACUACAGCUAGAUCCGCGGUCGGUUAUUUUGAUGCCAGUUGGAGGCAUUCAUCUUGCCGUCACGGAAAGGGGUGUAAAAAAUGCAUGAAGUAUUUUUAUAAGAUAUUUUUGAUACUAAGAAGAUUGAAAGAAUGCAAUUUAAAAAAGUUCUUAACCUUCAUGUUUCCAAAUCUUGUGUGAAAGAAGUAGAAUAGAAUCGCAACGUUUUUUUCGCAAUAAAUAUUCACUACAGUAAUCGUUGACUGUUAAGAUCUGUGUUGAUUA